GUGUGGUGUCGUCAUCACAGUGCGCCCCGUUUUGGGCGACCAGGAGAUGACGGAGGUUAGGCCACCUCAGUGUGUACGGCAAGAGGGAGCCAGCUGGUGCCUUGGUGAUGGGGAAGCUGCCUUGACAGGGUGGAAUACAUGCAAUAAGGAAACCCCUCUUUGAUACUAGCAAUCAUGGGAAGAAGCUGCUUUGUUGAAGAAGCUGUGGGGCAGUAUCUCUUGGAUCUCAUCACCACUUCAAAACCUUUUGCCAUUGGUCUCUUAGUGGGGCAGUGCUCCCAGCAAAGAGACUAUGUCUUGUUAGCUGUUCGAACACCCCCAAAGGAGGAAGAAAGCAGAAGCAAUCCAGGUUACCAUUCAAGCUUGACUAAUAUUGAUGAGGAAUGGAUGACAGCUCAUGCCAAUCAGGUCUCCAGAAUGCUUCCUGGAGGACUCCUAGUUCUUGGUGUUUUUACUGUUGCUGUUCCAGAACUGGCAAAAGAGAUUCAAACUACUCUACGCAAGCUUGUUUUCUCGGUAGAAAAGGCUAUAGCCAGAAAGCGAUUGUGGAAUUUAUCAGAAGAUGAUGUGUCAGAUAGGGUGGCUCUUCAUCUUUGUACUGCUACAAAGAAAUUCACUUGUCGCACUUAUGAUGUGCAAGAUCCAAAGAGUACAGCCAAACCAGCAGAUUGGAAAUACCAGAAUGGCCUCUCAACUUCCUGGCUAUCUCUAGAAUGCACUAUUAAUGUUAAUAUACACAUCCCAUUGCCAACUACAUCAUCCAGUCACGACCUAGAAAAAAAUACAAGGAAUGGAUUAGCACGAUGGGCUAAGCAGAUAGAGGAAGCUGUCUUUUUGAUCAACAGUCAAGUCAAAGAAGAAGAUGCUGAUUUGCUGGAAGGGCAAAAAAAAGCAGGAAGAGGAAAUGUGCCAUCAGCUAUUCAGAUCCUUGAUGUUAGGGUUGUAACACAAUUGUCACAAAAGACAAACUCUAGAUCUACAGCAACAGUCCAGGUCUGCGGUGGUUCCAUAAAUCUUAAAGGUGCUUUAAAAUGCAAAGCUUACAUCCAUAAUAACAAGCCUAAAGUUAAAGAUGCUGUUAAGGCUUUGAAGCGAGACAUAAUAAACACUUUCUCUGAUCGCUGUGAAAUAUUGUUUGAAGAUCUGCUCAUGAAUGAAACAACAGGAAAGAAAAAUUCAGAAAGAGUAUAUCAUACCUUGCCCUGCCGAGUGUUUGCUCCCAUUGCUGGCUCAAAUGUUUUGUUUUGUGAUUAUAAGUUUGGUGAUGAAACAGCCAGGGAAAUCCAAGAGCGUUUUCUCGAGAUGCUGGAUCAAGCUGUUCAAACAGAGGAUUUGUGUACAGCUGAGGAGAUAAAUAUGGUUGAAGUAAGUCCAACAAAGGAAUACAGCGAUGAUGAUGUGCAACAAAAACAGUUGACCAAAGAAGUGCUUCUCCUGAAACUUCAUCAGAAUAUAGGACUGGUGAUAGCAGUGGCUGUUGCAAUCUCUGCAGCUGUGUUCUCUUUCAACUACUUCAGUGACUAAACUUCUUCUCAUAAGACCCCCUCUUGGGCAAUGUCUGCUGUCAUAGACUUCCUCAAAUCAUGCAUGCUUCUGGAAGCAAAUACACUAACAGUGUAAUGUGUCACCUAACAAUGCCA